AUGAAGGACAUAGUCAAAGACGACCUGAAUUUUGCUCCUGAGUGCUCACCAGAGGGACACCACGUCCUCCGCAAUCCCUACCGCAGCACCCGGUUUGACUCGCUGCAACUGCAGCGAACGGCAGCUCAGGACCUGGUUUGUGACCACUCCUUGCCACCAGCAUGGUACCGUUUCAUGAUCGACAACAGACCUGCAGAGAUGCCAACGAGAUGUGUCGAAAUGAAUAAAUGUGGGACACAAGCUCCGGUGUGGCUGUCGCUGAAGUCCGAAUCCCUGCCGGUUCCUGGCGAGAGUAAGCGGCUCACAGCCUGUGCUACCUGGCAGGUCUUCUUCGGGGGCACCAAGGACUGCUGCUUGUUUCGGAUACCCGUGGCCGUCACGAACUGCGGCAAAUUCUUUGUGUAUCUCCUGCAGCCUACUCAAGGAUGCAUGGGCUACUGUGCGGAAGACAAACUCCCAAGCCUGGCUUUGCAACCGGUGAUAACUCCUGAGCUCAUACAAGGUCGUGUCCACCUCAAGUGCGCUUACAGCCGCCCCUCCGCAAAGCCGCCGCUGCGAUACGUGGUGGUCUUUUGCACCGUCACUGCUUUUCCGAGGGACACUCCUGAGCAGCAGUCGUUGCCUGAAGAGAGCAAAGGUUUCUACGCUGGGAUUAAGUUUUUACCAGAAUCAUUACAAAUUGCAGAGGACGGCAAAGAGCAUGUUUUGACCAUUCUGAGCACUGUACCCAUUGCCUGUCCUGAGCAUGAUGAUUCCUGUAAAAUUACUUUACAGCUAAGUACUGAGGAUUUGGAUAGCCGGUUACCGGGCCCCCCAAACGUCGCCCUUUCGGCAUGCUGGGUGGAUCUGCUGAGGGCACCCUGCUCCGAAAGCAGCUGUGCAGCAGCCACGCUGACGGUGACAGCCGUGACAGACUUUGCUCAGGAUGGGAACCGCGUCAGCCGCAUCAGAGCUGAGCCAGUCGGCCAGAGGGAUUUGCUUUGGAGGGCUUACACACCCAAGGAUGUGAAGGUCACAGUUCGAGACCUCCCAACAGGGAACUGCUACUCUUUCACUGAUCCACACAUUAUCACAUUUGAUGGAUGGCGGUACGAUAACUAUAAAAUCGGUACCUUCCUUUUGUGCCGGAGCACGUCACGGGUGUUUGAAGUCCAUGUCCGGCAGUGGGAUUGUGGAGGCCACCGCUCUGCCACCGCCUGCAAUUGCGGCGUGGCUGCACGAGAAGGCGGUGACACCGUGGUGCUGGACACCUGCAAUGGCCAUUUUCGGGAGAGCAGACCCCAGCUGGCCGUCAAAAGCACCGAAGCAUCGCCACAGGUCAAAAUCCUCAAGUCCUACGGAGGGAGAAAAAUAACAAUCCUGUUCCCUUCGGGAGCAUUUGUGAGAGCUGACGUGAGUGAGUGGGGAAUGGGUUUGACGGUGAGGAUGCCGGGCAGCGACUUCAACAGCACCAGAGGUUUGUGUGGCCUCUUUGAUGGGAUGGCUCACAAUGACCUGAGCAAUGUGCCUGAGGAAGACUUCAUAGAGGAGUGGAGAAUACCUCCAGGGAAGAGUUUGUUUGACAAGACUCCAGUACCUUCUGAGGGGAAGCAAAGGAAAAAUUAUUGCAGAUGUCAGAAGGAGAGCGCUAAGCCCGUGGUAAACACACUGAAAGCCUUUCAGACUCCUUUCCCUCGGUCCUCUGGUUGCCAUUAUGAUCAUGUGGAUUACACCUCUGCAAUCCCGUAUCUUGAUGUCACAUCAGAGUUUGUCACUCACUCAGAAACAGAGUCGACUUUAAGAAAAGAUGAGAAACUGUCGACCAAGACUUUUGAUCAGAGAUAUCUGCCUAAAUCAGUCCAAAAACGAGGUAGCCUUGAGGACCGAUUAAAACCCCUCGUGCACAAUGUUUCCGUGAAAAACAGCAGUUCCAUUAACUCCACCAAGCCAACAGAAGACCUAAGGAGAGCAAAAAGGCAGGAAGAUUAUUAUGAGUACUCAUCCUUUCACCCGUUGCAUGGCCCAAGCCAGAGAGACCCAGAGAGCUUUGCAUAUUUUUUCCCCGAGGAUUACUUUGAAGGGAUUCGGACAAAACUUCCACUGGUGUGGCCCACUCCCAAAGGCCUAACUGCUGCCAAAGCUCGGGAAAUUUGCCACCGAAUUCUUGCAAAUUCCACCAUUGGCUUAGUGUGUAAAGGUCUCCUUGAAAAACAGCUAGAUGAGGUGGUUGAUAUAUGCCUUUUAGAUCUGCAGCUCAAGGACGAUGUGGCCUCGGUGAGGGCGUUGAUAGCCCUUUUGGAGAACGAAUGUGAAAGACGAGUGCUAGAAAACAGAAAUAAGUUGUUUCAUGUGGGAAACCAGCCAUCUGCUACCCAGGAGGAAAUCCUCACCGUUCUCCGAUGUCCUGCUUUCUGUAACGGCAAUGGACAGUGUACUGAACUGGGCUGCCAGUGCUUUGAAGACCACAGCUCCUAUGAUUGUAGCAUUGCCAAAAAGCAAGCUUUGGAAAUCACAGGUUUAGAGAACGGGGGUCUCUGUGAUGUCCGAGCCUCCGACUGCACCAGGAUCCGGGUGUUUGGCUACGGCUUCAAAGACUCAUCCAACCUGCACUGCGAGGUCACCAGGUUAAUUCAUCUCAACGGCGAAUGGAUAUCGAGAGAACAAGAAACCACAAAAGCAGAUUUUCUCAGCUCUGAGGCUGUUGACUGCCAGAUUCCUCUCCUGAACAUUACAGAGACGGGGGCUGUGCACUUUGUGGCCAGUGAGGAGCCGUUCGCAAGAUGGCAAGUGAAAAUCACUAACGAUGGCUUCGAGUACAGUAAUUCCAGAGUGCUGACCCUGUACGACGCAGUGUGCCAGGCCUGCCAAUUCCAUCCAACCGGACUUUGUAAAUUAAAGGAAAAUACUUGUAAUAUAGAUGGACUUUGCUAUGGAGAAAGAGAGUCAAGCCCUACCAGUCCUUGUCUGCUCUGUGAACCUGACAUUUCUAAGUUCACCUGGUCUAUUAAUGAAAACAACCUGCCUCCUGUGUUCCAGGCCCCCUCCAGCCAGCUGCUGACAUUUAUUGGUGAGAAUUUUGUUUACCAGUUAGUAGCAGUGGAUCCGGAAGGGUCAGCUGUGCUAUUCAUCUUAGAGGCUGGGCCACGGGAUGCCAGGCUGUCUCCCGCUGGCCUUCUUAUCUGGAAAGUUGAUUCGGAAGAAAUGCAGACCUUUGAAUUCACUGUGUUGGAUGAAUGCAAUGCACAGAACAGAUACUCUAUUGAGGUUGGAGUGAAGCCCUGCAGCUGCCUGAAUGGUGGAACAUGUGUUACCAACAUUAAAUUCCCUCCGGGCCUGGGUGAAUACCUGUGCUUGUGUCCAAAUGGAUUUGAUGGAGAAUUCUGCCAGGAAGAUGUUAACGAUUGCAAAUCAAACCCCUGCGGCAGCGGAACAUGCGUGGAUGGUGUGGAUAGCUACUUUUGUAAAUGUCCCCCUGGUCUGGGAGCUGUGCUUGCUGCUGACAUUACAAAAGCUUUAAGCACUGGAAAAGGCGAUGGCAAAGGUGAUUCAAACAAGACUGAGGUUAAGCAGCUCCUGGAACCCUUAGAGGCAAAAGAUUCUCCUGCCAUGCAGCACCACUGUCCCACGUUACCACCUGUGCCAACAGGCCAUGCUUUCCUGGAGUGCUGUGUUUUGAUCGGAAACCCCCUUACAUCGGAUACGUCUGCGGUCGAUGUCCAGCAGGGUUUUUUGGAAACGGCCGAACCUGUACCAAAGUCCCCAGACCAGCGCAGUGUGAUCCACCAUGUGCGAACGGAGGAACUUGUCUGUCUCAAAAUACUUGCUCUUGUGCUUAUGGAUUUGUUGGUCCUCGAUGUGAAACAAUGGUGUGUAACAGACACUGUCACAACGGUGGGGUCUGCGUGUCACCGGAUGAGUGCAAAUGCAGAAAUGGAUGGAGCAGCCCUUCUUGCGAAACAG